AUGAAAGGCCAUUCAAAAAUAUUUGUGUAUGAAAGCGAUACAUUUGAUAAUAAUAAUUUUGCAGAUCUAUAUUGGCUUCUUCCCAUUAACCACCAAACAAAACAAUUAUACUCAGAAAGUACGAUUGCAAAUAUAGUUUUAGCAAAAACCCCUCUUCUUUCGAAAAACAACACUAAAAAAUAUAUAAGUAGCUGCAUAAAAGUCAUUUGAAAAGUUAGCAUUACGAAAUUUCAGCAUUUAUAGCUCAAGAGCGAUUUAGAUCGCCCUGGAUAGGAAAAUCUUGGAAAACUAAAGUUAGUUUUUCAACUCAAGCUGACAAACUAACUUGAGGAGCUAAUAAAUGCCUCGCAUCAGGCGUAUUUGUAAACUCUCCUAGUUUUUCGUUAAAUUGAGUUUAAAACUAACUUGGAGAGUUUUCCUAGCAUUUUCAUAUCCAGGGCGAUCUAAAAUCUCUCCUGAGCUAUAAAACUGAGGAUAAAAUAUCCCAUUGAAAACAAGCACAAUGAUGUGAUCGAAAGUUUAAGUCGCCGGUAA